GUUGGGCAAACCCUGCGCGCGGCAGCGGGGGCGGGAGCGGGAGCCGGAGCGGCGGCGGCGGCAGCAGCAGUAGCGGCCCGGGGUGUCCGUGACCAGGCGGCGCCGCACCCGUCAGCGGCGGGAGGGACGUUGAGUCGGUAAAUACAGAUGUCUUGUAUGAACAUUUUCUCUGGAAUUAAAUUUGAUGACCACAUUUACUAAAAUUGAUCUUCAAGGACCAAAGAAAUAAGAGUAUUUGGCGAAUGAUACUUUGACCAACAUGGAGAAGCCAAAGAUAGAGUCUGUGUGGCAGCGUCCAUAUGUGAAUAUCUUCAAACAUUUCAAAUUGGAAGAAUGGAAAAAAUCAACAAAAGAAGGAGAUAUUGCACCUGUUAUGGAUAAAACUCUGAAGUGUACAGUUUAUCGUAUCCGAGGCUCCAUCCCUGCUGGCAACUACAUUCAGCUACCAAAAACGACUACUCAAUCCCUCGGACUUGUUGGCCGUUACCUGUACAUCCUCUUCAAACCAAUUGUAUCCAAAUACUUUGUGGUUCAUUUUGAUGCAGUGACUGAGGAUAGUCAAGUCAUUCGGAUUUCAUUCUCCAACCUAUUUAAAGAGUUUAAAUGCACGGUCACGUGGCUCCAGUUUCCAUUUGUUUGUGGUGCUGUGAAAGGCUCUGUGUAUAACACCACUGCAAAAUCUGCAAAGCAAGACCUGGUUGGCCUUGCUCCUGUUGGUGUGAAGUGGACAUGUCUGAUCAUGGACCUUCAUUAUAUUUUAUUGUUUUAUCUAAAGAGACACUACAGCCACCUGAAAAGCAUUAAACUUUGCUCUAAUAUGUAUGUAAAGAACAUCUUCACCAGUGACUUGUUAUUUGAGCCAAGUGUGACAGUCCAUGAGGCGAAGCGGGCAGGACUGCAUGAUGUAUCGCCAAUGCCAAGAGAAAUGGCUUUUCUUGUGCCCAAAGGAGAAAACUGGCACGAUAUUUAUGAUUGCAUCAGAUUUCCUUCAGAUGGAGUUAAGAUGCCAUACGACUCAAUUCAGAAGGGACACACAAGCCCACAUAAAACAGGUCAUUCAACACAUUACAUUCCAAUUAGAACGAAUUCUCACACAGUGAGCGUCAGUAAGGCUGUCAAAGACAGAGUUUCCCUCAUCCAACAAAUUACCAGCCCAGAAGCAGAAAUGUGUAGGCAUCGGAGAUCCCCUCGGAUCGUAAGGAGCAUCCCGGAAAUACAUUUAGAUAUAACGUUGUCACCUAAUCAUGAUAGAAGUAGCAGAGACUGGGAGAAUGAUGAAAUCACAAAAAGUCUUGAAUGUAUGAAAGUGAUUCCAGCAGAUGAUGGUGGAAUUCAUGUUUUUGCGGAUCAAGGUGGUAGAGCUGUAAUCCACAGAGCUGACAGUGAUAUUGAGACUCUACGCACUAAGGUUUCUACGCCCACCAGGCUUUCCACUGAAAAAUUCAGAAAACGUAAGGGAUUGCAGCCAGACCCUAUAUUAAAGUUAAAGAAGAUUAUUGGAUAUGGAGGAUGUACAGUGAAAUGUGCUGCAUGGACUAAGUCUGGAUCAGCUGUGGCCUAUCCCUGUCAUGCCAUUGUUGUAGUGAUGGAAAUUGAUACAGGACAACAGAGAUUUUUUAUUGGACACACAGAUAAGGUAUCUGCCUUGUCCUUUAAUGGCAGCACAACACUACUAGCAUCUGCACAAACUGGAAAUGUAAGUCUGAUCAGAGUUUGGAAUUUCAACCAAGGGAACUGCCUCGCAAUGUUUAAAACCCAUGUGCAUUCAGUAUCUUCCCUCAGCUUUUCAUUCAACGGGGGAGUACUCUGCAGUGAUGGUCAUGGCAAAACUACGGUCGUGGUAUGGAACACAUCAAAGGUAAAUCAGGAUGGUGAAGUAUUAGUGAUGGCAAAAGCUCACACUGAAGUUGAUAUUCAGGUGAUGAAAAUAGCUGCUUUUGAUGACACCAGGAUGGUGUCGUGUGGAAGAGAUAAUAUCCGUCUGUGGCGAGUUCGAAAUGGGGCACUACGGUCUUGCCCAGUAAACCUGGGUGAAUAUCAUUGUUUGGCAUUUACAGAUAUAGCAUUUGAAGAAGGGAAUCUGGCUGACAAAGACCCUGUGGAGAGAACACUCUUUGCAUGCAGUAAAAGUGGACACAUCAUUGAAAUCGAUUAUAAAAAUGUUGUUAUUAGGAAAGCACGUCGCUUAUUUCCCUCACAGCAAAAUCCCUCAAGCCAUCCGGAAACAGUGUCUUCGAAUACAGGGUCUGGUAUUGCCAUCAACAGUAUCAGUAUUUCUGCCGCUUUCUGUGCCACAGGAUCUGACGAUGGUUACUUGCGUCUUUGGCCCUUGGAUUUCUCGACUGUCUUUCUUGAAGCAGAACACGAAGGCGCUGUCAGCUUUGUAAGCAUUGACCCCAAUGGGCUGAAGGUGCUGGCAGCUACUACUGCAGGUAAUCUUGGAUAUCUGGAUAUACCCAGCAGAGGCUACACUACACUAAUGAGAUCACAUAUAAACAAAAUUCUGGCUUUCUCAGUGGAUGGAAUAAGGAGACAUCUGGUUACUGUAUCUGAAGACUGCACUAUCCGAGUAUGGGACAUAGAUUCUAUGCAACAGUUAUAUGACUUUGUGAGUGCCGAAGAGACUCCGUGUGCUGUGACGUUUCAUCCGUCACGGCAAGUAUUUGCUUGCGGAUUCAGCAGUGGCGUAGUACGAAUUUUUAAUGUUGGAAAUUCCAGUCUCCUGGCUGAGCAGCGACAGCAUAGAGGACAAGUGAUUGGACUUAUAUUUUCACCCAAUGGAGAGUAUAUGUACAGUGCUGGGUCUCUGGGGUCUUUAGCUCUGUACGAUGCUACUAAGGAGGAUCACCAUGUUAUCAGGAUCCUAGGUAACGUUGUGGCAAGGGGCAGUUGCUAUGGUCCAGAUGCAUUAACAGUGAGCAGUGAUAGUGGUCAUUUGGCUUUUGUCGGCCCAUCUGAAUUUGUCGUCACUGUGAUGGAUGCUCACUCACUAGAUGAGUUAAUGCUUGUCGAUGUCAGUAUUCUGGACCUGGAGACGACCACUCUUGACACAGCCAUCAAAGUGUGCUAUCCUCCCGCUGCAGUCAACCAGCUUCUAGUCUCAACAUCCUCAAAUAAGAUACUGUGGUUGAAUGCAAAGACUGGGAAACUGCUUCGAGAGAUGUGUAAUAUUCACAAGACAGUCCCCUCCUCUUUAGCUGUGACUGAGGAUGUUCAGUAUCUACUGACAACUGGGGAGAAGGUCGUCAAAAUCUGGGAUUAUAAAAUGAAACUAGAAAUUAAUUUCCAGGUGUUCAUUGGACAUUCUGAAUCAAUUCAACAAGCUGCUUUUUCUCCAGAUCAGCUAAGUGUAAUUAGUGUUGGAGAUGCAAUAUUUAUAUGGGAUUUCCUCGCUGCUGCUCUGGACCAAGAGACAAAUGUUCUCCCAAAUGAGCUUCGGAGACCUGAAGCUCCUUUAAUCGCAGAGAACAGUGAACAUCCUCGACAAUUUGUACCAGUCCCUAGCUUUUCCCCACCGCACAUCCACGUUCAUGGUGUUGAAAGAAAUGAACAGGAUGGGUCUUUGCCUUAUAGUGAAAAUAAAGAUGGCUGCAGACAGAGAGAUGAAUCGAUUAGAGUUGGAAGAAGUAGGGACUUGCCCCUGCAAGUCAAUGAUGACCUGCAUUGCGGAGAGCACGUAUUUUCUCACUUGAGACCUGUUUCAUCCCAGGAGGACCAGGGAGAUUUUGAGGAACCAGGACCUCUUGUUGGAGAUGGUGAUAUUCAACAUAAUUGUUCACGGCCAGAAUCAUACAAACAUUUUGCAGCUCGAUUCAAAACCUCUGUCUCUCAGGGUGCAGUCCUCUCUGAAGGAAAAGAUGAUCUGAAACUGAAAGUUGUAAUUGGAUACAAUGGAAAUGGAAGAGGAAAUAUGGUCUGGAACCCUGAUACAGCUCUUUUUGCGUAUUCUUGUGGCUGUUUGGUGGUGAUUGAGGACUUGCAUUCUGGAUCUCAGAGGCACUUAACGGGCCACACAGGAGAAAUCUCCACUCUUGCAGUCAGCCAUGACACACAGGAUCUUGCAUCAGCUUCAGGGGAGCAAAAUAAAACUGGUUGUUGCAUCUUUAUUUGGGAUGUGAUGAGUGGCAGUUGUAAGAAGGUACUUUCUCAACAUGCAAGCGAGGUACAAGCUAUGGCAUAUUCCAGAGAUGACAGGCUCUUGAUGUCUGCAGGAGAUUACAGGGAUCUGACAAUUGCUUUGUGGAAUACCAGGAAUUAUGAGCUUUUAGCAACAACAAGAGUGUCCAGUCCUAUUCAUGAUUUAGCAUUUGAUCCAACUGCAUACAAUGAGUUUGCAUGUGUUGGGGUUGGAGCUGUGCAUUUCUGGCUAGUAGAACAGUCUGGGAAUGAAGUACAACUGAAGGUUCACAGGGUCUCAAUCCCAGAUGAAGUGAAUGCUGGGGAGCUUACUGCUUUAUGCUACAAUGGUGAUUCAGUUCUUUACACUGCGACCAACACAGGGAAGAUCUGUGCUUGGGACACGCAGCACAAUAGAUGUUUCAUGACUUGGGAUGCAGACGAAGGGGAGAUUGGAAUUGUGCAAUGUCGGGGUUAUCGCUUGAUGAGUGGCAGCAACACAAAGAAAAUCCGGCUGUGGGCAGUUGCUGCAGUGCAGGAAAUGAGAUGUGAAGAAACAGGAGCAAGAUCAAAUUCAGUGCUUCUAGAACAUGAAAUGAUUCUGGAUGGCACUGUGGUUAGUGCAGUCUUCGAUGAUAUAAUGGACAUGGGAAUCGUGGGAACCACAGCGGGAACACUGUGGUAUAUAAAUUGGGCUGAAAAUACCAGCAUCCGUCUGAUCAGUGGCCACAGAAACAAGGUUAACCAGGUCAUUUUUAGUCCAGAUGAAAGCCGCUUUGCCACAUGUGCAGAGGAUGGCAGCUUAAGGGUGUGGGUCAUGAACGGCACUGAGCUAGUUGUUCAGUUUCAUGUCCUUAACCAGAGUUGCUUGUGUAUGGCUUGGAGCCCCACAAUCAAUUCAAGGAAAUGUGCUGACAAACAGCAAAUAGUUGCAGGAUACAGCGAUGGUACAAUCCGCCUUUUUGGAAUCUUGAAAACUGAAAUGGAAUUGAAGAUUCACCCUCAUCCUGUGGCAGUCAGUGCUAUUACAUACUCUAUGGAUGGUGAGGUCAUUAUUUCAGGAGGUAAAGAUGGCUUGAUGGCCGUGAGCAGUCCUCGUACAGGAAUUACCAUCCGUAUUAUCAGUGAUCAUAAAGGUUCUCCAAUUACAACAAUCGAAUGUACACAGAAAAGAUAUGAUGAAUUUGGUCUUGAAGGUGAUGAAAUGUGGUUAGCGGUCAGUUCUGAUCGGCGCGUUAGUAUUUGGGCUGCUGACUGGCAUAAAGACCAGUGUGAACUCAUUGACUGGUUGACAUUCCCAGCACCUAUUGAACCUCAGAUACGUGACAAGAAUAGUCUCCCACCGAGUCUGGCUGCCUUCUCUCCUCGUCAGAGUGGCAUUGUGGUAUACGUGGGAUUUGGAGUGAAACCGGAAAUUAUUUUGUAUUGUCUCCAUAGCAAACAGACAAUUAAACAAAUAGCUUUACCUCAUUGGGCUGCAAGUUUGUGCCUCUCUCCAACAGGACAACUUAUUGCUGUGGGGACCUGUGAGAGACUUAUGAAGAUAAUUCAUUAUCCAAAUGGAAAAUGCCAAGAUUUCACUGGGCACAAUGAUACUGUUCACUUCAUUCGAUUUGCACCAUCUGGAAAAUUCCUCCUAUCUAUUGCAUACAAUGAGGUGUUGGUCUGGCAGGUUCAAAAAACACCUAGCGAUCUCAACAGUAUACAAUAUCUCUAAGGUUGCAUUUCAAACAAAGGUCAUACUAGCUGUGUGACUGUUUUCAUGAAUAUAGAUACUCAGUGGGAUCAUAUUUUGCAUAAUGGAGUUUAUUUCUGACACCAUCGUACACGAUUUGUAAUGUAAAAUAUUGAUAGUUCAAUCAUCAUUUAAUAAUGUUGGUGCAUUGUACACAUGGAGUUUUUAUAAAUAGCUGCACUGAGAUGUUUUUAAAUCUGGACAAGGUUUUAGUGCAAGAUUUUGUAUGUAAUCUGAUCAUUUAAUUUUUAUUCAAAUUAUUUUCUACAUUAAUAAAUUUUUUACUCGUCUCCAA